AUGGCCGGAAAGUCUCUGACCGGAGCAUGCCUGUGUGGAAAGAUCACCUACCGCGUGGAUCUCCCCACUGACGCGCCAUUCCCCAAGAUCCGCCCUAAUACUAACAGUUAUCUGUUCACUAAAGUUGCUCUCUGCCACUGCGAGGACUGCAAACGAAACACGGGAGCCCCCUUCUCGUCGAACCUGAUCGUCCCCAAGCCCACACUUACCUACACGGCUGGAACCCCCAAGGUUUACGCCCAUCCGUCGGGCGAUCUGGGGAACGAGCUCCAGAGACACUUCUGUGGGGAUUGUGGGUCCCCACUUAUCACGCAGCCGGGCGGGAGAGGAACUGUUACUGUCAAAACUGGCACAUUGGAUGCAGAGUCUCGUGGCGACUUGGGCUUAGCAUUGGAAAUCUUCUGUAAACGGAGGGAGCCAUGGGUGGAUCAGAUCGGUAGCGUGCCAAAAACUGAGGCCAUGCCGUAG